AUGGUUACAUUGGGUAGGAGGAAUUCUCAUCCUGAUGCUGUCGUUAGCAUAAUGAUGGCUGGUGCAAAUAUAGUUCGUUUGAAUAUGGCGUAUGAAACGGAUAAGUGGCAUACAGCCACUAUACAAUCUGUCAGGAAAGCGGGAAAUGCAAUGUACGAAUGCACGAGCGAAAUCUAUCCCUUAGGAGUCGCAAUAAAUCUUCAGGGUCCUGAAAUAAGAGCUGGUGCAUUCCGCAGCGAUAAAACAAGCUUAGGAUAUGCCAAAUUAGAAGAGGGUAAAGAGGUAAAAUUGGUAACGCAGGAUAUUGCAAAACGUGCAGGAUGUGCAACCUGUUUCUGGGUUUCUUAUCCUAAUUUACCUCGCAUAUGUCAAGUAGGAGAUAGAAUAUUAGUCGAUAGAGGAGCCGUUUUACUACAAGUUACUUGUAUCCAUGAACAAGCUAUAACUUGUAAGAUUAUCAAAGGUGGUAUUAUAAAAGAUGGCAAACUGAUACAAUUAUUGGACAGUUUAGUUCCAUUACCACAAAUUUCGGAAAAGGAUAUUGAACACAUGAAAUGGGCUUCACAUUUAGAAUGUGAUUUUCUUAUAAUAAAUCACGUGCGUAACGAGAAAGUAUUGUACACUAUUAAAAGUCGCUUCAAGAAAAUGAGUAUGCCAAAAAUCUCGUCUCAACAAGGCUUGGAAAAGUUGGACGAAAUUUUGAAUGCAGCUGAUGCUAUUCUCCUCGACAGAAAAGGUAUUGAAGUAGACAUGGGAAAACCAAUCAUAUUAUCAUUCGAAGUAUGUGACGAAAAUAAUAAAAUAAAUAUCGAUAUGAAUUUAAUUGCAAAUGCUGUUUUGGAUGGAAUAGACGCAAUUUUUCUUAAAACUGGUUCUUUGAACAUGAAAGACACUUCUCAAUUGAUAAAAGAUAUCGAUAUCAUAUGUAGAGAAGCUGAGUGUGCUCGAUGGCAAAAAGAAAUUUUCGAUGAAUUAAGUUACAAGGUACCAGUACCUAUGGACCCUUUACACUCGAUCAUAAUUGGUGCUGUUAACACAUCCUUAAAAUCGAAUGCAGCAGCAAUUAUCGUUACUACAACAACUGGAAGAAGUGCUGUUUUGUUAUCAAUGUAUCGUCCAAGAUGUCCUAUUCUUGCAGUUACUCGAUAUGGAGUAGUCGCAAGAUGGUUAAUGCUCUAUUUCGGUAUCCAUUCUCUUCAUUACAAGUUUAAAUGUAAUUUAGAGGAGAGUUUAUCAGAUUGGAGUAAAGACAUACAAACUCGAAUACAAACUGGUAUCGAUUCUCUCAGAAAGAAAAAGUAUAUUAAGGUCGGUGAUGCAGUCGUGAUUAUUAGUGGAUGGCGUCAAGGUACAGGAUUUACUAAUUGUGUUCGUAUAGUUUACGUAGCACCUGGAUGCAAAAGGGAUCAAACCGCAGAUUUUGAGUCUUGCUGGUGA